AUGAGAUUUCAUAUUCUUGGCGAUAGUAGUCUCGGUAACUUGAUUGCUCAUUACCUCCGAAAACACAAUCACAAGGUUACUUUAAUACUUCGGACUCCUUCUGCUCUUACCUAUUUUGAAAAACGUAAACGAACAAUAACUGUAAUUCAAGAUAAGGAUAGUGUCGAACAAACUCACGGUUAUGAUACAGAAGUUUUACGUAGACAUAAUAUGAAUGAAUUAAUGGAUCAACGUUAUGGUGUUUGUCCACCAAAUAUGCAAAUUCGGAGACUAAUAAUCACUACAAGAGCUUAUGAUGUUAAUCAAUCGUUUCAAAAAAUCUUUUAUCGGUUAUCUCCAACGAGUACAAUAGUUUUAUUAUCAAAUGGAAUGGGAAUUUAUGAAGAAUUAAUGGAAAAUUUUUUCUCAAAUAAUGAAAAAUCGAGACCAAACAUUUUAAUGGGAAUAUCUUCACAUAUAUGUCGUAAGAUAAAGAAUACGGGUAAUCAAUUUGAUAUCUUAUAUAGUGAAGUUGGUGAAAUUGAUCUUGGGAUUAUGCCUAGACAUGAUGAUCAAUCAAUAGAAGGAAAUUUUUCUAGAGAUAUAUCUUCGCAAUCAGCAAAGAAUGGAUCGUCUCCGUUAAUAUCGAAAAAUUCCGAAAAUGAAAAUGAAAAAACUGAGACACAAUUUAAUAUAAUGGAUUCGUUAAAUACAACAAUAAAAACUUUAAUCAAAAUUCCUGAAUUAUAUGUAAGACAUAUUAAUGUGCAAAGUCUACAAAAUAGAUUAUUAGAGAAUUUAGUUAUUAAUGCUUGUAUCAAUCCGAUUACUGCAAUUUUUAGUAUGCGUAACAGAGGAUUAUUAGACAAUCCAGGUGCUGAUCGAGUUUUAUAUGCACUAUGUAAUGAAUCAUCUCAAAUAAUGAAAAAACAUUGUGAACAUUUAGGAAUGAGACCUACAAAUAUGUUUGGUCCUGAAAGAUUAAUUAAUACAAUAAGACAAAUUUGUAAAAAAACUGCACUACAAAGUUCUGAUAUGUUAAAAGAUAUUCAGACUUGUCAAUUAACUGAAAUUAAUUAUUUGAAUGGAUAUUUGGUAAAAUUGGGUAAAAUUUAUGGGAUUCCUACCCCAAUAAACAAAUUUGUAAUUGAUAUGAUUUAUUUAAAACAUAUAUUACAUUUUGAUCCUCAAAAUUUAAAGAGUAGAUUAUAA